UACACGACACCGUACCAGGGAAUCAUCAAGGUCCCUCCCUUCACCGCGCCAUCGAUCACCAUCGUCUUUUCUCUGCGUUGCAAAAACGCACCGUUUUGUUAGUGUUUUCGUUCUCAAGAAAAUUGCAAAAGUGAAGCAGGGUUUGCAAGCUUGUGUUUAAACAACAAUGGCGGAGAAACCCCAACCGGUUCGGGUGCUGUACUGUGGGGUGUGCAGUUUGCCUCCCGAAUACUGCGAAUUUGGAUCCGAUUUCGAAAAAUGCAAACCCUGGUUGAUCCAAAACGCCCCUGACCUAUACCCUAAUCUUCUUAAAGAGGCAAAUGAUAAGGGAGCUGAUAACGUUGCUGACAAGCUGCAAAGUACCGGUAUAUCGUCAGGAGCUGGUGAUGGAGCUGCUUCCUCAGCACCGAAGCAAGAAGAAGUGAAGCGUCUUCCGGGUGGGAAGAUAAAGAAGAAGGAUAAGCAAGAGGUGGUUAUUGAAAAGGUUGUACGUAACAAGCGAAAGUGUAUCACCACUGUGAAGGGCCUGGAGCUUUUCGGUGUCAAGCUCAGCGAUGCUUCCAAGAAACUUGGGAAAAAGUUUGCUACAGGAGCCUCUGUUGUCAAGGGACCAACCGAGAAAGAACAAAUUGAUGUUCAAGGGGAUAUAGCUUAUGACAUCGUGGAAUUCAUUACAGAUACAUGGCCUGAUGUUUCAGAAACAGCAAUUUUCUUUAUAGAAGAUGGGAGAAAGGUUCCAGCUGCUUGAUUUUGAUAUCCUGGCAUUAAAACUUCGUACUGGUUGCUAGACUCUUCAAUAUUACUGUAAUCCCCCAAUGUCCCCUUUUUCUUACCAUAUCCCCCAAAAAAAGAACAUAGUUUGGUCUCGAUGGACAUCAGCAUGUGUACUUUUAGUUUAACGACAAUUUAACUAGUGAUGUGUGUAAAGAGGCAAGAGGAAAAAAAAGGUUCCUUUUCAUCAA